AUGAUAAUUAUUUUUAAUUACCUAAUCUCAAUUGUGCUAUGUGAAUUUCAAAAUGGGUAUUAUGUAGAUAAGAAUGAGACAAUAAAAAUAUUUCAUGGACUCAAUCUAAAUGAUUAUCCAUUACCAAAAAUAAGUGAAGAUGAUUUUAUUGCACUUUCAAAAAUUGGAUUCAAUCUUAUUAGAGUUUCUGUUUUUUUUGAUCAAUUAAUUCCUUAUUAGCCAACAUCAUUAAAGAAUAUUACUUAUAAUUCUUCAUACUUAAGUGAUAUAGAUAAUAUUGUAUAAUUAGCAAAGAAGAAUAAUUUUUAUGUUAUUUUGGUUGCAGAUCAAGUAUUAUUAAAUAAAUAAUUUUGUGGAUAUGGAUUUCCAGAUUGGGCAAUUCAAAGAUCAAACUUUCCAGUUCCUUAUGAUAAUUAUGGAAAAAUAAAAUUUGAUCUGUAUCCCAAUAAAGAUUAAUGUUCAACAAAUUUUGAAUCUUUUAUUAAAACUGAUGAUGUUGGAAAUAGUUUUGAAAAUCUGUACAAGAAUGUAAAUAAUUUAACUGAAUAUUUUGGAUUAUUUUGGUAAAAGUUAGCUGAUAAAUUGAAGAAUGAAGAGAAUGUAAUAGGAUAUGAUAUUCUAAAUAAUCCAUAAUGUGGUAAUUAUUAUAAGACAUAUUAUUAAUGUAUAUGGCCAGGAUGGAAUAAUAGAUAAUUGAUAAUGCCAUUCUAUUAGAAAGUAAAUUAAUAUAUAAGGGAAGUGGAGAAAACUAAAAUUGUAUUUUAUUAGACUUAAGACACAGAUUUUAUAGGAUCAGGAUUUGAUGGUAAUAUAAAUGGAAAUGAAUAUAGAUAGAGAGAAACUUACAGUUAUAGAAUUACUUAUAAAUCAGAAUACUUUAAAGAACUUGCAACAAAUUUGAAUUAUUAUUCAAUGUGGUUAGAAUAUCAUGUUGGUAAACAUGCUUAAGUUCCAUCAUUUUUAUCUGAAUUUAGUGGCACUGAUGAAUAUUUAUUAAAUAGAUUACUUAAUUAUGCAGAUUAUUUCCAAUCUUCUUGGUAAGAAAUUAUUUUAUUUAAGGACAUAUAAGGGAAGUAUAUAAUAAGCAUUGAAAUUAGAGGCAUUAAAUAGACCAUAUGCUUAAUCAAUAUGUGCUGAAUAAGUUUUCCAUCAUUAAUAUGAUUCAAUUAAUCAAGUAUUCAAAUUGCAAUUCAAAUUAAAAAAUGAAUGUUCUACAUUAUUGUUUAUACCAUUUGAUUAUGGAUAUUCAUGUUAAAAUUGCAUAUUGAGAUUGUUCAACAAACGAGUCUUUGAAAUCAAAUUGACAAAAAAUAUAUAAUCAUAAUAGUAAAUUAAUUUAAUAGUGUGGAAGAAAAAAGCUUGA